AUGGCACCGGCGACUCACUCAGAAAAGGCCGCGCUGUUCUCGCAGCUGCGCAUCAUCGCCAUCACCUAUCCGCUACAGCUCAUUGGUGCCUUUAUCGUUCUUCGUCUAUUCUGGAACAAGUUCCAACGACACUUGGUCUCGAUCCCAGGCCCGCCGGUCGCCGCCUACACCAAGUUCUGGAGGCUGUACGACGUCUGGAAGGGGAAAGCACACCUGACGGCGAUAGAGGUGCAUCGAAAGUACGGUCCACUGGUCCGUAUCGCGCCGAACCACGUCUCCAUCGCCGACCCGUCCUACAUCCCCAUCAUCUACAACAUCAAGGAGAACUUUACAAAGUCGGCCUUUUACCCCAUCCAAUGCGUCUCGUGGAAGAAGAGGCCGGAGAUGAAUUUGUUUUCGACGCGGGACCCAAACUACCACCGGGUGGAGAAGCGCAAGGUGGGCGCCGCGUACAGCUUGCCCAACCUUCUCGAGUCGGAAGAGGCCAUCGACUCGUGCAUAACGCUGUUCAUGCAGAAACUGGACAAAUUCGCGACGGACAAAAAACCUGUCGAUCUGGGAGCUUGGCUACAGUACUUUGCAUUUGACGUCGUGGGAGAGGUCACGUUCGCCAGCAAGCUGGGCUUCUUGGACCAAGGUCGGGACGUGGACGGCAUGAUGAAGGCGAUCGAGGGCAUGCUCACCUACGCCGCCCUGUGUGGGCAAGUGCCGGAGUACCACAAGUUCCUGCUGGGCAACCCGUUGUUUUCCAUGCUGAUGCCGGCCAUGGAGACGUGGAACCAGGUGCUCGUGUUCACGCUCAAGGCCAUCAACGGACGCGCUUCGAUCAAGAGGGACGGGGAACUCAUCAACGCCGACGUCGAGGGGAGGGACAUGCUUUCCAGGUGGGCCUACGUCAAGUCCUCGGAUCCUUUGAAGAUGAACACCCGAGACAUCAUCGUCCAUCUGUCGACCAAUGUUUUCGCGGGGAGCGACACGACGGCCAUCGCCCUCCGGGCGGUCAUCUACUACCUCUGUCGCCACCCGGAGUGCAUGGCGAAGGUGGUCGGAGAGAUCGACGCGGCCGACAAGGCGGGAAAGUUGAGCACGCCCAUCAAAUACAAGGAAUCCACCAACGACCUACCGUACUUCAACGCCGUCCUGAAAGAGUCCAUGCGCAUCCACCCGUCCGUCGGGCUAUUGAUGGAACGACACGUGCCCGCCGAGGGCGUCGACGUCGACGGCCACUUCAUCCCCGGUGGGACCAUCGUCGGUAUCAACCCGUGGGUGACGAACAGGGACCCAGAGGUGUUCCCCGACCCGGACGAGUUCAAGCCCGAACGGUGGAUGGAAGGUUCCGAGGCGCACUUGAAGCAGAUGGACAACAUUCUCGAAUUGAACUUUGGUGGAGGGAGUAGAAAGUGUAUUGGUCGGAAUAUCUCAAUGAUUGAAAUGCAAAAAGUCGUACCACAAUUACUACGAGAGUUCAAGGUCGAAUUGACUCAUCCCGAGAAAGAAUGGCAUAUUUGUAACCAUUGGUUCGUACAACAGGAAGGUGUGAUUUGCAAUUUGACGAGAAGGACAAAGGGAUGA